CAUUGUAGUUUAGACUGUAUAUGAUAGAUCCAUCUGGGUAAUUCCGACUAUAUCAAUAAAAAUCCAUCCACAAUCACUGGGAACGAAGGGUAAAAGAUUCCAAAGUAGAACUUAAAUUAUGGCAAAAGAAACGGCGAAGAACAACUGGCGGCGUAAUGAGGCGCGUAUGAAAGUCUUCACCUUCAUCACGAUGGCUGUUAAUUUGCUCUAUACGGGCUUAAUUAUCUAUCAUAGGGGAGGAUUGCCUUCUAUUUACGAUUUAAUUGCUAUUGCAUUCUGGGCGGGCCAAGAGUAUGCCACACUACAGCUUCUUAAAGGCUUUGCCAUGCCAUCUUUUGAUGUUAGUGGAGAGCUGCUGAGCUGCCCUGAUGCUUCCAAUCCGAAGGAAUUAGGCUACUAUAGCUUUGUUCAGGACCUGCUGUGGAUUUGUUGGACGGUGCAGACCCUUUGCAAUGUGCAUACCGCCUUUUUUGUCUUUUAUUUGCCAGUCCCAGCCACAUUGAUUUACAAAGGCUGGACAAUCGCGCGCCCUUUUCUGACGAAUCGCAUGGGUAUGAAGGCCGCAAACGGUGCGAUGGAAGGAGGAGAACAACCCCCCCGCAAUCGCCAGGAACGACGCCGUGAAGAGCUUGAGCGGCGAAAAAAUCGACGAUCGUAA